CCAAGUGAGGAUUAACUCGCUCUCGUAUCGGAUUAAAAAUACCUGCGAACCAUCGGCCAGGGAUUAUAUUUGCGCAGCAUCUUUGCAAGUGGAUGAGUUUGUGAAGUGCUAAAGUUGUAGACCAUCAAGUGAUUGAUUACGCUUAGAAUGCGGGGCAUAAAGUGAUUUAAUCGCCCGCUAAAGUGCUCCAAACCAUCUCAAGAGGAUUAUUCAAGUGAGAGUGCUCAAGAAGCUUGCCAUCAUGUUGACGUCCAGCAAUCCUAGCAAUCAGUACUUAAGACCGGACUACCUUUCGCCGCUGCCAACAUCUCUGGACGCGAAGAACAGCCCUCUGGCCCUGCUGGCGCAGACAUGCAGCUCUAUUGGGGCGGAUUCGCCCAAUCCCAAGCUGCUGGCCAACAUUGAGAAGAGCGCAAAGACACACAGCAAGUCUGAGGCGAGGGACAAGUCCUCGCCGGGCAGUCAAUCGUCACUGUCCAACGGCUCCUCCAGUGAUAUCCUCAAGUCUAGCUUUAAGCCCUACGAUUUGGGCAAUCGUGACAAGGCCACCACCCCAGAAGAGCGUUCAAUGUCACGCACUAGAACACCCAAAGUCACCACGCCUGUCCCCAGCAAUCCCCCGGCGAUUAACGGUCGGUGCGGAAGCAAUCAGAGCGCCACGUCGCCCAGAUCAUCGCCGGCGACCAACAGGAAGUCCACACCGAGCGUGGCCCACGCAGACAAAAGUGCUAGUCCUCAACGUGCCUCAUCUAAGGAAUCCUCCAGCGGCCUCGCUAUCGACAGUCCUCACAAGGAGGCAAAGGAAUCGAGUUCGGUCAAGGUGUCAACGUCUUUGGGCCUGCCCACGACCUCCAGCGCCUUUCUCUCUGGCUACCCACCGCCCGGACUGCCCUAUCCCAUGGACCUGAUGACGGCGAGCGCCCUCAUGGCGCCCCAUCACUCCAUGCUCAAGGCCGCCGCUCUCAGUCCCUACCUCAACUACGCACGCAUGAAGGUACCUGGCGCCCCGGCGGACCCCAUGAUGGUCUGCCGCGAUCCCUACUGCACCGGCUGUGCGCUCAGCAACCACAUGCUCUCCAAGCCGGCCACCUCCACCUGCCCAGCCGGCUGCACGCAAUGCGACCACCCAGCCAAAGGGUUCCAGUCCAUGUCGGCGCACAAUUCCGCAGCUGCGGCGUACGCCCACGCCCAGCUAGCCGCUCUCGCGGCCGCCUCACAACUUCCCUUCGUAUGCAACUGGAUCGCCAGCGACGCCAGCUAUUGUGGGAAGCGCUUCGGCACUUCCGACGAGUUACUGCAGCAUCUGCGAACACACACCUCCAACAUGUCCGAGUCUAUGCUCACCACGGCCGCGGCCACGGGUCUGCCGCCCACGCAUCCGCUCCUGCAGCGCACAUACCCCACGCCGCCGCUCAGCCCCUUGUCCACGGCCAGGUAUCAUCCGUACAGCAAGCCCUCCCUGCUGCCACCCACCCUGCCACCGCCCUCGCUCUCAGGGCUGCCCGGCCUGCCGCCGCAUCCCUCACUGGCGCAGUACUUCUCGCCGUUCUCACUCUACGGGCCGCGGCUGGGCACGCCGCCCUCGAUGCAUCCUUAGACAGGGUCUUGUGAUGGUCCCAGAGAUUGCUCACGUGAAAGGUAUGGACUGAUCGAUGGUUUCUAGUAGGGAGGUAGAAAACAACCGUUAGUUGCACAGAGAAUGAGAAUUGUCAUCCCACUUCUGACACCAGUGCUUAAGCAUUCAGUGUGACGCCAAAGUCACACUUAUUGACCGAUUUUAAAGUUCUCUUAAUUCUCUCAAGAUACAGCAAUACAUUUACGUUCAACAAGCCACAGAAAUGCCCUUCUUACACUGUGUAGAACAGAUAGAAUUCCUCCACUGUGACCGAAGCAAUUCUCACGAAAUCUCUGGCAAUAAGGAAGCAAUCCCAAGAGGACAGAUUAAUUGUACAUCUCAGCCGAGGCGAUCGCCUCGCAAUCAAUUCCGUGAUAACAAGAUAAUUGCAGUCCCACCCACGAUUGCGUGGGUGGGAGGAAGGCAGAAAAAUCUCGCAAAUCGAUGCAUGUCGUGUAUAAAAAUGUGUAAUUAAAAUGUAAUUAAAAUAUGGUCUAUAAAUCAAUUUUAAUUGAUUAAUACCACACACAAAAUACAACCACAAGAGCGAAGAAGUGUAUAGUGAAGGUUUAGAAAUAGUGUUUUAAAUUAUGGUUGUUUUCCAUGCGGAAAGCAUUAAACAGAGGGAGAGAGAUGAUGAAAAAAGCGCGCUAAAUAAUAUUGCAGAAAAUAUUUUAGAACAAGUUAAUCAUAUGCAAAACAUCACUUUGUGUAAAUUAAUUUUCUCUCUCAAUCCAUCUCCAUGUCGUGCGCAGAGAAAUAUGGGUAGGAAGUGCGUGGGAGGUAAAAUCACACACAAUUGCAUCAAUUUCAGGGGGAUAAUUGAAAUAAUUGCAACUUAUGUAGCGCCAAAUUGCAUUCAUCAAAAUGGAUUGCCUGCCCAGCUCACUUCAUCGGCCCGCAGAGAGACUCUUGAGAUUGUUGCAUACACAUACUAUGUAUUCUCCAUCAUUAUGGACUUUCAUGUCUUCAGUGAUGCAUUAGGAGAGAAAAAGUCUAUUAAUUCAUCUCCAUACUCGCGAUAUGCAAUUAAAUAUUAAUUUAAAAUGUAAAUUGCAUGAUAAAUAUCGCGUUGGAGAAUUUUUCUUGAUCAUCGCAACACCGCAAACAGAGAGAAAAAUUGCUGGCAAUUGAGAUGUGGCAUAAAUUAGUGCGCUAAAAAGACACGACACAUCUUCAAACGAGAUAUAUAUACUGUUGCAAUUUGCUGGCAAGGAGGGCGCAAUCUACGGCAAAGAAGCAGACUUGAAAAUGAUUUACAGCAAAUAUGCUCUUCCCCACCCAGCGAAUCAAUAAAUUCUGCAUCAAAUCGCUUCUUGGCUCGGCAAGAAAAGCUCUCCUCCGAUGGCAAAAUAAAUUCUAUAUAUUCCCAUUGAUAAAUCGCCAUCCACUUGCUAGCCACUUUGUUCUUAAUAGAGUCGUGAUUUCAGAUUCAUAUCGGGCGCAAAAGAUGUGCUGAAUUUUUCACGACAUCCACAAUAAUCAUUACUUUUGCUGUUGACACACAUUUUCUCAUGUGACGCUGGAGAAAAAUUUGUUGCUCCUCCACUCAUGAUUUACUGGCUUAAGAUGGUGAGAAAGCCGCGGAGGAAGAUAAAUUGUAUGAUAUAAUCUACAGGAGAUAUUUUCCAAUUCAACACCUCUCAUUUCGUCAACGCUGGAAUUAAACUGAAUAGCUUUUCGCUCAUUCUUCCUUCCUCGGAAAAAUUCUCGGUAUCUCAGUAAAAAGCACGAAUUGAGAGGAGUUGAAAAGUUGCAGAUUGAGUAAAAUAGAGACAUGACAAGCGUUUCUUUUGCCACUUUAGAGGCGUGAAUUAAAAUUUUAUCUCCAUUCAAUCCAUUUGGAGAUUCAGAACCAGAGAAAAGAAGAAAAAAGAAAUAAGGAAGAAGUGUUUGUAUGAAAACUAUCUUAUUCAACUCUGUCCCCUUUUCAGCUGGACUACAAAAUUAAUAAAAAUUCAAUUAAAUUUUUAUAUCAUUCAGUGUAGCGAAAAUAUCUCUGCGCACAAAACAUUGUAGCGAAAUGUAUUCAAGACAUGGUGUAUCUAAUUUACUUUUUAUGCAAUAGACAUUUUAAUAUAUUCGCCACGGAGUUGCGCGACCAAUUAUUACCUUAAUGACACGAUCAAUUAUCACACCUGAACACUCAUUUUGCCACUCAAGCUGUCAGUGUAAUUGUUUAGCCACUAAAUGCUGAAUAUCUCGAGACCGCGAGCCACGUUAAAUGUUGCGAUAGAGUCAAAGAGUUGGCCACAUUGUAUGAGUUGGCUUCUGGACUGCGAAAUUGUGUGUCUCUUUGCCUUCUGGCCACCGUAAAUUCCUCAGCACGACAGUCGAGAUGGAACAAGUUCAUAGAAAUAGCCAAAGUUUUCUCUAAGGAUGGAAAAUUAUUUCGGUGAAAAUCAUGCACUGUGUAAAUACUGAUUGUAAGGCAGAUCCUCAAAGAUAGAAGGACAACUAUGUCGUAAGCAUAUUAUAUCCUUAGAAGUGUAAUUUUUAAUUUACCCCAAUUGUUAGAUUGUAAAGAAAUGGAUAUCACUGCGAGUGAAGAGGCGGAAAAAAAUAAAAUCAAAUGAUUUGCAACAAGAGAAAA